ACUACGAAUAUGCGUAAGUACUACGUGUUCCUCGUUCUGCGCAGACAUUGAGGCAAUUAGCCGCGGCCAAGCGGUCGUGCAAUCGUUGACUUUAUUCGCGCUCGUCGUGCUCUCGUAAUCAUACUCUCUUCUCGACCUCGUCCCGCAUACCUUCGUACAGCACGCAAAAUGAGAGAUGGAGUAGAGGUGCCCAAAGUAGAAAACCAAAAGCAAAACGCACCUUUUUCGUCCGCUAUAGAAACCGACAUGUCAUCGACAUUGUGUGCAUUUGUUGUAGUACCAACGUUCAUCAGUUGUACUACUGACAAAAAUUGACGAAAAUCACCAGGCUACGAGUUCAAUUCCACCCACAUCUACCCCAACAAGAUCUACAGCUACACCUCUUUCCCAUAUAGUUGUGCAACGCCACUUUGCUACCCUUUUGCACGAAAGAAGAAUAUACUUUUCCAGCAUUUCGUCCUUUAUCAAGAACAACAACAAGAUGCAAUACCUUUUUUCCUCCUCUUCCUCGCGAGCAGCUAGAGCCCCCGUAAGAACAAACUACCGCACGUUGCUAGCGUCUAAUUCUGAAAACAGUAGCCUCGAAGCAGGACCUCAAAUACUGUCGCCGAAAAAACUGAAGCAGAGCUACCACGAGCAGCUGGAACGCGAGCGGUCGGAGUGGUUCCUGAAAUUGUACGGCUACCUGCUCUACGUGCUGUUUAUCUGUUUUUUCGCAUUCACCGGAAUCAAACGCGUUUUGGACGACAAUAAGGUCACGCCGCUGAAGGAGUUGUGAUUUUUAACUCUAUCUACGACGGACGAGUGGGACGGCGACGGGGCGUCGACCCUCUUUAUUCCUUGUCGCAUCCAAGUCGAGAAAUCGAAGAAAAACAAAAAUCAAAAUGUGGUCCUUGUUUUUCGGUAACGGGAACACGAGUUCUGACGACGAGGGUCGGGACGACCACGCGACGUCCUCUUCCCGACGCAACAGACGUAGGUUCCAGAACGAUCGUGAGACGAAGCAGAUGGUGCAGCUCCCCGGAACCAGCUACGCGUGCUUCUUCGAGCACAUCGACUGGCGGCGGAACCAGGGCGAGCUGGUACUGCAGUUUUGUGUGGAGGGCGACCAGGUGAUCAACACAACAACUCCUACCACGACCUCAUCGAACAGCGCUCUGUCAUCCUUAAUCGGCCAGCCGGGGUCGCAGGCGCGGGUUUUGGGCCCCCUGCACGAGCGGGCCCCGGUGCACUUUCUGCAGACCAAGCUGGUUCGCACGAAGCUGGGACGGGUGACUUCGGAGGAAGAAAUGUUUCGGAUGAAGUUGUGGCAAGGCGGGAGACAGGGUGGCGACGGCGAGGAUGGUAGUACAACUGGUAGAGAGGACGGAAAUGAAAUGAAUGCUGGUCUGGAGCAGGGCUAUCAGGAAGACGAUCUUCGAGAUCCAAGUAGUACAAAGAUGACCGGAAGUCGAACCACUCCAGAACCAGUACCCCGAGCAGCAGGCGGACUUCUACAAGGUGCAGGUCCUACACCAGCUGCACAACGAAGUUCUUCAUCACCGACAAAUAAGAAUAACGGUACCUCUCCAACUUCAGGCGGUGGUCGUAAAAAUCUGUCGAAGAUGCGGGAGAUUCUGGAGGGCACGCUCGUUUUCCGCAUUUCCGAGGAGGAUGUCAAAAAGGAGCUCACCACCACCGCCGGCAGCUACUUUUUCGAGUUUGGCCCCGGCUGGACGGUGCUGAACCUAGACGGGUAUCUGAGUGUCUUAGGCUGUACGAGUUCUGCGGCUACAAGACGGAACAGCUCCGGAUCGAAGGGGACGGUGGGCUCAUUGGCUGCGCAACAGAUUACGAGCGCGGAAUUCGGAAAUAAUUAUACCGGUAGUUCUAACCAAGGUCGUCGUGUGGCCAGUACAACGACUACGCCAAGCAAUAAUCCCUGGAGUAGUUUCUCGCCGGGAGCGGGAGCUCCGACUGCAGAUGGAAAGUCCACAGCAAGAACCGCAGGAGCGGGCCGUGCUUCAUCAACAGGGGCAGCUCCUGCAUCUACUUCUUUUUCUCUAUCUAGAAGAGCGACACCAACGACGGCAGCCAGCACAGUCGUGGAUCAACAACUUCCACAUGGUGGGACGACGACGAGUACUUCUAGCACGAGAGGACGGACGGCAUCAAGGGGAACUACAACCCUGGGCCUGAUACCUCCUUCCUCGUCGCCAGACGAUGCGCUGAGCUCGUCUGUGAACCCAGAUGAAUAUUACCAGUACAAUUGCUCCCCGGGCGACCAAAGCCCGCAACGACAAGUCAAUGCCAGCGCACUGCCAUCAACAACAUCAAGAUCGUCAGAUUACUAUUCAUCUUCCGGCGAACAGGUCAACUUGCGGUCCUCUGGAGGUGAAGCCAGCAGCGCCGGGGGCACGAGUGAUCUGGCCGCAAACGUGCGCCAGCGAUCUACUUCCGGAGCAGGGUUCUUGCAGCCGAUCGACUCGCUUUCCGUGCCCCUCGGUGGAGCUUUACUGGAAAGAACAAAUGCGACGGGAGGUAGUGCGACAUCAAGCCUUUCAAAAAACCCAGACCAGCACGACCGAGGAGCGUAUCAACAAGCGCAGCUGCGGGUCCUGGAGUGUUUCAAGGACGAAAAUUCGCUACGCGUGCUGUGCCACUUCCGAAAUAUACCUGAGCAAGACGCUGCCGCCUUGCGUUUUGCGGUGACUCUCUGUUCCUACGAUGCGGGUGUCGUUGGAAACCUGCGGAAAAUACUUUCGAAGCAGCGAGGUGGACAUCAAGCGCGAACUCAAACUACCUCGUUGGCGGAGGAAGCGGCUUUUUUUUCGGAGGAGCUGGCCCGGGAACCGGUCAAGGAAAGCUUUCCGGUCAAAUACUUCCGCUUGCAUCAGAUGAUGGGAGAAGUAGAGCCUACUUUUAAUAUGCAAGAUUUUCAAGGUUUCGAAGCAAGCACAGGAACGACACCCUCGAGAACGUUCAUGCAAAGAAGGGACGUCGAUGAAGUACUAGACAAGGUGCAACAAGAACUACAAACUCCUCCCCGUUCGUCCUACCUCGCCCACCUGGCCUUCGAGGGCAUCGGGGAGCUGCUAAAGCUGCAGAAAGCGAAGGCGCGCCACAGACGCCGGGUCCAAAUCCAGUCGCAGGGGAUCAAAGAAGCGCGGGAAAUCUUGAACCUUGGAAAUACCAGUCGACAAGGCCCGCCGUCGGCUUUGACCACGGCAGAGGCUUUGCAGCUGGAGAAUGCAACCCAAUAUUCAGAAGACGACGUCGACGCCCACAAAAUGAACAAUCUCAAUACGCAUCAUAACCGAGCGACGUCGACCACGCCGGCCACGACGAAGCAAAACUUCUUCGACACAUUGUUUCUGAAAAUCAGCGGCACUGCGCUCAACGGCCUCCAGUUCCCCUUGCACAUCCCGCUGGCGGCUUUUCUCAUCGAGGAACAGAUUUUUCCGGAUUUGCCGACUCUGAGGACGCCGAACACGAACAACAACGGAGAUCGAAAUAAACUCUUCCUCCAGCCGCGGGUUCUGAAUUUCGACGAAGCAGAUCAAGGUGCAAUAACCUGUGCACCGGUUGAUGUAGGUCCUCAACCAACGCUUUGCUCUCCGAGAAGCAACCUGUCAUCGAAUACGAAUUAUUUGAAAGGACAGCCUGCAGAAUCUUUAUCUUCGAAAAGAACCAACACCGCCGCCACACAGUGUGUGACCUGUUUGGCGGAAAAAUCCGACCUGGCCACGUUCGUCCACGGUUCGACCGGACACACGGUCUGUUGCUACGCCUGCGCGAACAAAAUCUACUACAGCCGCCAACCGCUGUGCCCCAUCUGCCGGGACCCGAUUCAGGCGGUAAUACAAACGUUUGGCGCGGCCAGAUAGAAAGACUUGAAUAGUGUAGUAGAAGUUUCUGUUUGUUGUAUAAUGUUGGGGAAAUAAUUCUUGGGAAACAGAAAAUUUCGAGCUCGUAGUGUAUGUGUAACUGCAGCUUAUUUUCGCUGAGCUCCUCUUUUCCGCAGACGAGGCUCUACUUCAAUUGAAGCGUCUUUGCAAGAACACGGUACUACAGAAGUAGGACUACACUGUAUGAUAGGUUCAGCUACCACUACCUGGAGGAAAACGAUUUUGGAUGACCGACUUCAAGCUGCUAUUCUUUUCGAUAACCGACCAUUUGGAGCGGCUAUUCUUUGCUUGAGUGCUUUGUUUACAAUAUUUUGCUUCGUGUACAAUAUGAACACUUCGUUCUUUGCACUUUGAAAAUGGGCGCGCGAAAGUACACAAUAUGACUUUUCCCGCACUAGUACAGGGCCGAGCGGAACAAAUCUUUCGAGAAAUGCGACAGUGUGUUCGUCACGCACCACGACCAAAUAAUUUAUCAACCAUGGUUGUCUUCACAAACGAUAUCAAC